GCCGGGACCCGGCGUGUCUAUCGUCGACCCUUGUCACUUACCACAUCCUCGGGGAUCAAAGUAUGAAUAUCUAUGCGGAGGAGCCCUCCAACCCUCCAACCUAUCGAUAUUGGAGUCCCGUCGCCGUCGACAUCUUGGCCCCCCUCCAAGGUCUGCGAUGCAACCUUCUGCAGCCAACGUGAACAGCACCACAUUCACUUGAAUAUUUUUUUUGUUUGCUGUUCCGGACAUUCGUUUUAACAAGUCACUCUUUAUUCUCUUCUUCCGUCUCUUCCUUACACCUUGCUGUCGCCCGCUGCUGCAUUUUCCUGCAGUUGCUGUCUCUCGUUUUACACCGUGUCUGGAGGAGGUAGCGGAUCAAGAGAACAAACCAGCUGCGGUUUGCCCAACUUGCGCAUUGAACGAUACCAUCCUGACAAGUCAUCAUCGGCUUUGCGCAUAGUCCAUAGUCUUGCGCCGCAUCAAGCGCCAUAGAUAUGGCAUCCAGGUUCUUUGUUCGGGCGCUGACGGCCAUUUCGGCUGUCGUAGGUCUGGGUGAAUGCUAUGCGCCUACUGACUACAUCACAUGGGGAGGCGACAAUUCGAGGAAUGGUUAUAGGUCCAACCAUAACCUCGAUCCGGCAAUCGUUGCCAGCCCCCAGUUUCAGCAGAUAUUUGCCACUGCGCUGCCUGGAAACUAUGGCGGUGUAAAGGAGCAGUUCUACUCCAUGCCUCUGGUCUUCACGCCAGGUGACGAUCCAGAAGGGCGCCAGUUUCUAUACGUAUCAACCACGCAGAACAACGUAUACAAACUUGAUGCCGUCACGGGUGAAAUCGUAGCUUCCAGGAACCUCGCAAUUCCGUUCCUUACAUUGGAUCUGAAGGGGACAGAGGAGACGUGUGCAGAUAUAGAUCCUCACGUUGGCAUCAUCGGAACUGGUGUCAUCGACCCGGUGACAGAGACCCUCUACGUGAUAGUCAAGACGUAUGCAGACCAGUCAAAGGUCAAUGAAGUACAGGGUAGACCUGCCGGGAGGCACAACAUACACGCUUUGAGCCUUGCCGACCUCAGCGAAAGACCCUCCUUUCCUAUAAACUUCGAGAACCUUCCGGCCAGAAAUAAUCCGACUCGACUCUUCCAGGGCGGCAUCCACAACCAGCGUCCCGGUCUACUGCAGCAGGGCCAGAACAUUUACGCUGGCUUCGGGUCUCACUGCGUAAACUACAAUAUAACUGGUUGGGUUAUUGGAUUCGACAAGACCUCCGGUAAAAUUAUCGAGAACUUUGCGACUCAGGGCGAAGGUGUGAGCGCCAAAGGAGCCAGUAUUUGGAUGUCCGGAGGUGGCAUCGCUGCGGACGACAAGGGCUCUGUCUUCUACUCCACAGGAAACGGAUACGAAUCGCAGUUGUCUACGAUCCCUGUCGAGGGCCGUAACCCACCGACGGCGCUUGAAGAGGCCGUCGUGCACAUGACGAUCCAGGAGGAUGGCAAGCUCAAGCCGGUGGACUUCUUCAUGCCUGAGGAGAAGCAGAUUCUCGAUGGCAAUGACCAGGAUCUCGGAACGAGCCCCUUCGUUCUGCUUCCCUCCGAGUUCUCUUGCGGAAGUGUGAAGCGCAUCGGCGUCGUCACAGGCAAAACUGGCUGGACCUACUGGCUCAAUAUGGAUGACUUGGGAGGCUACCGCACGAAUGGGAUAUCAAAACCUGAAGGUGAGCGUGAUCGUGUGCUCUACAAGUAUAAGCAGCGCAACUCGGUGUACUCCGGGGCGGGUGUUUACCCGCAUGAGGGUGGUUACGUGCACAUCAACCCAAUUGGGUUCCCCACGACCGUGUUCAAGUUUACCUGCGCCAACAACGCCCCAACCUUCACCUUUGUUGGCGAAAGUGUCGAGGCCAACACUGGUCGGCUUGGCCCCAGCCACGGUGCUGUCACUUCACUCAACGGCCAACCUGGUACUGGGUUAUUGUGGACGACCGAUGUCGACAACCCGGGUCCUUCCAAGUGGCAUUUCAAGAUCCACGAGGCCAUUCCUGGAGCAGAUGGUAAGAUGAAGCUUGUCAAGGGCUUCCAGGUCACUGGAAUCAGAAAAUUCACUCGACCCAUCUUUGGCAACGGCAGAGUCUAUGUCCCUGCCGGUGGUGGUAUGAUCUAUGGGUUUGGCGCCCCGACGAAGCCUGCUCUGAACUGUACCGGGUCCAGCAGCUUCGGCGUGGUAGAAAUCGGAAUGGAAGCUGCCGAGCAGGUCAUCACUUGCACUGCAAAGAUCCCAGUCACAGUAGCCAACAUGACACUCGAGUCGCCUGACUUUAGCGUUGCCGAUACGCCCUCCAUCCCACGGACUGUUGCGACUGGAUCAUCUUUCACAUUCAAGGCGCGCUUCAAGCCGACUUCGGUUGGCAACCUGACAAGCUCGGUCCGCAUAACGACGCAGAACACAGACGCGACAAACUCUUACAGUAUCGCAAGCUCGGUUGCUCUGUCCGGACAGGGCCAGAGCUCCGCGGCGUUGCUCGCUCUGCAACCAAAGAGCCUCACCUUCAGCCCGGUCGGUGUGGGUCAUGAAAGCAUGAGUUUAUCGCUAACCCUGACCAACCAAGGAAAGGCGCCACUCACAAUCCAAAGCGUCGGGUACUCUACUGGCCCAACUGGACCUUGGGAUAGCACCUCAUCUGGAAAGUUCACUGUCAGCGACAUACCCGCAACCAUUGCCCCUGAGACCAUUCAAGUGGCCAGUGUGACCUUUUCACCGUCAGAACUUGGGAACUUCACACUCUAUGUCCAGUUUGCGACCAACGGCGGAACGGUUGUCCUGCCCAUCUCGGCAACCACUGGAAACCCGGCAGUCGCUGUCAUUCAGUGGGAGAAACCGGAUAACUCCGGCUGGGAGACCUGGACUCCCAACGGCACACUGAGCUUUGGCAACAUCACGCAAAACUCAGAAAAGCGUCUCCGGCUCCGCAUAUCCAAUGGAGGUGGUCCAGGCGCCGUUGCAUUGGAGGUCCCUAUCUCAAAGCCCCCCUUCGGCACUGGUGGUCUCAUCGGGGCCGCCAAUCAGGCCGAUCUCGCCGAAGGUACCCGGAUCGAGACUGGCCAGUAUGCGGAAGCUGUGCUCAUCUGCCACGCACCCAAGACCAACUGGAAUGUCGAUUCCAAGUACGAGCGUGCGGCGUGGGUUUUCAACUUCAACGACAAUGACAUGGCCAAGCUCACUUUGCCCUUUGACUGUACCGCCGUCGCGCAGCAGGGAGGCCCUCUCAAGGCUAACGGAGACGGUGUUUACCGCUAUGUUUCCUGCUACCGCGAAAACACCCCUGGGAGACAACUUGCGCAGCAGGUCAUGGCCAGCAACGCAAUGACGACUGACAUGUGUCUCAACGCUUGCGCCGCAAAGGGCUACGUCUUCUGUGGCACACAGUAUCAUAGAGAAUGCUGGGGUGGGAACACUGUUCCAAAUACCGCUGCGGGCGAAGAGAAUUGCAACUUCGAUUGCAGUGGCGAUGUGAAUCAGUGGUGCGGUGGCAACGGUGAGGGAGCCGGGUCCGGCAACGCACAUAUCUCACUCUUCGCCACCAACACCACACUUCCCCCGGCCCCCGGUGCGCCAUCCACAAACCCGGGAGUAAACGGCUAUAGCAGCAUUGGAUGUUAUACCGAGGCCACUAGUGGGCGAGCCCUUCCCUAUGGCAACACCGGUAACGUCCGCACGGUCGCGGCUUGCGUUAGCGCCUGCUCGGCUAAGAACUACAGGUAUGCUGGGCUUCAGUAUGGUGGCGAGUGUUGGUGCGCUGGAGACAUGGCCUCCAGCGCUUUGCCGGCCCCGAUCUCUGAGUGUAGCAUGACUUGCCGCGAUAACUCAACCGAGUUCUGCGGCGGCAACUCGCGCAACAACGUUUAUCUCCGAGAUGGGUCUAACCCCGGCACGACGGCUCUACCAACAGCAACUGGGACAACUACAACUUCAUCGGCCGCUGUUUCCACUGCGUCAACCGCCGUGUCGAGCUCACCAGCAGCCACCGGUUCCCCAGUCCCCAAGGCGCGGGUUGGGUCUUUUGCUUACCAGGGGUGUUACACAGAGAAUACAGGUGCAGGAAGGGCGCUUAAUGCCAAAUCAUACUUUGACGAUGUCAUGACAUUGGAGGCCUGCGCUUCGCAGUGCAGUGGUUUCACAUAUUUCGGAGUUGAGUAUGGCCGCGAGUGCUACUGCUCAAACGGGCUCAAUGGAGAUAGCAGACUUGACACGACUUCUGGAGCGUGCAACUUCCUCUGCCCGGGUGACAAAUCGACGUUCUGUGGCGCGGGCAAUCGCAUAUCAUUGUAUAAGCUCGAUGCCUCCAGCUCUGUGACAUCUGGUACUUCAACUGUCGCUUCGUCAAGCGCCUCGUCCACUGCCGCCGCCAGCACAGCUGCUAGCCUCUCCGCCACUGCUUCGAGCGCAUCUAAUUCCGCAUCGUCUACUUAUUCGAACUCGACUUCGGCACUUCAGUCUAGCACGACCGUUUCAGGCACCACUGCUUUGGCCUCAUUAACUUCGUCAGCAUUGACUACAGCCUUGGCAUCCAGCUCUGCAGCCUCAAGCACCUUGGCCGCUUCAUCGAGCCUCUCUAGCGCUACUUCCAAGGCUGACGAGACCAUCGCCGACGUGACUUCCUCCUCCUCAAUUGCCGGUUCCUCAACAAGCCCGUCUGCUAGCAGCUCUUCGACGACGUCGGCCUCAGCAUCCUCAUCCCUCACCAGCUCGAGCACAACCCCGUCCACCAGCCAGUCAGCAAGCUCUAGUGUCGCCAGCUCCACCAGCCAAUCCACCCAAGCCUCAACGACCACUACGGCAACAUCCUCGGUCCUCGGCAGCACGAGCAUAACCCCAUCUACCAGCCAGUCACCCAACACCAGCGCCGCUAGCUCCGCCAGCUCUUCCAGCGCGGCCCCCACAACAACACUGACAGCAUCUACCACGGCAUCCUCGUCGUUGUCUUCAACCGCAGUACCGCCUCAGAGCACGCUUACCCCACCUCUGUGGCCCGGAAAUGUCAACUUUACGUACUACGGAUGCGUGAAGGAGCCGUCGAGUGGCAAGCUCUUGACCAAGCAGUACCUAAACGUGCCAGAUAUGACGCACGACAAGUGCCUUGAGACCUGCUGGAUGUUCCGUUAUGCUGGUUUGGAAUAUGGCCGUGAAUGUUGGUGCUCAGACCAGGUCAACUGGCUCGGCAACUCUGGCGCAACGCCAGGGUACAACACCACAGGCGCUAGCUGCGAUAUCUCGUGUGGUGGUGAUACGACUCUUCCAGCUGCAAACAGGACCAAGUGCGGAGGUCGUAGCUUGAUGACGCUGUUCUAUCUGGAUCCUUCCAAGAAAAAGAGUUGAUAUGUGUUUGAUGAAAGUAACAACUAGAGGACAUGUUAUGUAACUAUCAUCUAUCUGAAAUUUAGACCUAGAGAGAUA